AUGGAUGGCAAGCUUGUGGAGAAGGGGCAAGAUGACCAUAGGCAUCUGGCUGUCAGGUUGGCAACAUUGUUUCCGUCUCUGAUAUCCGAGGAAAACCUCAGAGCCCACCGUAUCCGUUUCAUCACUAGCUCUAAACACAGAUGCGUGGACAGCAUUGUAGCAUUCCAAGAGGGCCUGCUCAACCUUUGGAAAGUGACCGAAGUUGGACCCAGCCACAAAAUCAACGAUGAGUUGAUGAGAUUCUUUGACCAUUGCCAGAAAUUUGUUGAGGAUGUAGAGAACAACCAAACUGCCCUGGAAGAGGUCCACCUCUUCAAGGCCUCAGCAGAGAUGAAAAGAGUGCAGAUGAAGAUGGCUGACAAGCUGCAAGUUCCAUACAAUCGGAUCACACCACAUCUGGUGGAGGCUACAUUCUUGUUGUGCUCAUAUGAGUUUGCCAUCAAAUCUUUGAACUCCCCCUGGUGCAACCUGUUUGAUGAGACUGACGCCCAAGUACUGGAAUACAAGAAUGACCUGAAACAGUACUGGAAGAGGGGCUAUGGUCAUGACAUCAACCGCAAGUCCAGUUGCACUCUCUUUCAUGACCUGUUCAAUCGUCUUGAUCAGGCUGCUCAUGAGAUCAGGUUUGGGCAUGUAUCUGAGGCCGUGACCAUCCAGGUGGGCCAUGCCGAGACCCUCCUGCCCCUGUUGGCCCUCAUGGGCUUCUUCAGAGACGAGACGGCCCUGACUGCUGACAACUUUGACGUGCAACAUGGCCGCACCUUCCGCACCAGCCGCAUCGUGCCUUACGCAGCCAACCUGCUCUUUGUGCUGUAUGACUGCAGCGAAGGCCUCCGGCUGCAGUUCCUCCUCAACGAGACACCUCAGAACUUCCCCGAUAUAAAGCACCAGGCUCCACUCUACGAUACGGUCAGAGAGACCUACAGAGAGCUGCUGCACGGCUGCAAUUUUGAGAAGGAGUGCGAGCUGCCCAGACCCAACAUAAACUCUGAGCUGUGA